AUGGCCACCGCAUCUGCAUCCAACGUUCUCCGCCUGCCCGGAGAGGGACUCGCGACUGGCCUCGAGCAGCUCGAGUGGGCCGAAGUGCAGAAGCACAACACGCGCGAGAGCUCGUGGCUGGUGAUUAACGACCAGGUGUACGACAUCACCAACUUCGGCCGGCGCCAUCCCGGUGGCAAGGUAAUCUACCACUACGCGGGUCAAGAUGCCACGGACUCGUUUCGGGCUCUUCACCCCGAUUCCGCCCUGGUGAUGAAGUAUCUCAAGCCCCUCCUCAUCGGUCAAGUGUUCACACAAACCGGCUUCUGCAUUGGCUACACCAUCUUCAUCGCCAGAAAUAUCGAUUCGUUCAUGCCAUCCGAAAUCCAGAACCUGCACCUCCUAAGCGAGGGAGUGAGUAUCGUCUCCAUCGGCAUCACCGUGGCGUGCGUGCUGCCGCUCUGCUUCGUGAAGAAGGUGAAGCAGCUCAGCGUGUUCAGUUUGAUUGCCGAUGUGACUCUGGUGGUGGGAAUGGCCAUCGUGCUCUACUACGAUGAUUGCAGCGAGGUCUACAACAUGGAGGGCAUCAACUGGAGCGGUCUUCCUAUUUUCUUCGGUCUCGUGACCUCCUCUUUCGAGGGAAUCGGCCUCGUGGUGCCGGUGGAGCGCACCAUGAACAAGGACGCCCUGCGAUAUCCGCUCUUGCUCGACAUCGUGCUGUGCCUGGUCACCCUCAUGCUCGGGUCCUUUGGUAUUCUCGGAUACCUGACCUACGGCAAUGACACCAAGGACGUCAUCACCCUCAACCUGCCCGAGGACGCUGCGCUGACGUACGUGGUGAAGCUCUUCCCCGUCACCGAAAUCUUCGACUUCGUCUUCCUCAAGAAGGCCAGCGAAAACCUGUUUGACGUCAAGGGAAACUUCAUCCGCGUGGUGUGCUGUCUGUUCACGGCGACGAUCGCCUUCUUCGUCCCCUUCUUCGGCCUCAUCUCGGGCCUCAUCGGCGCCCUGGGCUCGUCGUUCCUGGCCUUCAUCCUUCCAGUGAUCUUCCACUUGAAGCUGUUCCAUCGCACCUUGUCCUGGUGGGUGAUCGCCAAGGACGUAAUCAUCCUCCUCUUCGGCUCCGCGGCGCUCAUCGUCGGCACCAUCUUCGCCGUGCGCGACAUCAUCAAUGCCCUCAUCUAA